GUUCAGUGAUUGAAGCUACUUGGCUUCCAGGCUCAGUAUGAGUAACAUAGUGGCUUUGGUGAACUUCUUCACACAGUUUUCCCCUCCCACCCACACAGACUUAUUUGAGGUCCUUAGUCAGUCGGCAAGCAUGUUUGGAACCGGCCCCGGUGCUUUGCAAGGGCUCAUGUUGCAGGGCAGUCACGUAUGGGCACUUGUAGUUAUAAAUACUUGACCACUCUCCAGGGUGCAGUUUUCAGCCCUUUAAAGCAGCUCGUUGCCUGCUACCUAGCCGACUUUUGGCUCCGAGCGAAGGAACUGGAUUGCCGUAGGACACCUUCUGCUGAGAAAAAAGUAAAAUGGAACACAACGGAUCUGCUUCAAAUGCUGGCAAAAUCCACCAGAAUCGGUUGUCAAGUGUGACAGAAGAUGAAGACCAAGACGCAGCCCUCACCAUUGUGACUGUGCUGGACAGAGUGGCCACCGUCGUGGACAGUGUGCAGGCAAGCCAAAAGAGAAUCGAGGAGAGACACAGAGAAAUGGGUAACGCGAUAAAGUCUGUCCAGAUAGACCUGCUGAAGCUCUCACAGUCACACAGCAAUACGGGCUAUGUUGUCAACAAGCUGUUUGAGAAGACCCGGAAAGUCAGCGCUCACAUUAAGGAUGUCAAGGCCCGGGUGGAGAAGCAACAGGUUCAUGUAACCAAAGUCGAAACCAAGCAAGAAGAAAUAAUGAAGAAAAACAAAUUCCGCGUGGUAAUCUUCCAGGAGGAUAUUCCCUGCCCUGCAUCCCUGUCUGUUGUUAAAGACAGAAGCCUGCCUGAGAACCAGGAGGAGGCCGAAGAAGUCUUCGAUCCACCAAUAGAGCUCUCCUCGGAUGAGGAAUAUUAUGUUGAAGAGAGCAGAUCUGCCAGGUUUAGAAAGACAGGCAAAGAGCACAUUGACCAUAUUAAGAAAGCAUUUUCCAAAGAAAACAUGCAGAAGACACGGCAGAAUUUUGACAAGAAAGUGAGUGGAAUCAGAACUAGGAUAGUCACUCCUGAGAGGAGAGAGAGGCUGAGGCAGUCGGGAGAGAGGCUGAGGCAGUCAGGGGAAAGAUUUAAGAAAUCGAUUUCCAGUGCCGCUCCCUCAAAGGAAGCGUUUAAGAUUCGGAGCCUUAGGAAAGUGAAGGACCCCAAGGCCGAGGGCCAGGAGGUAGACAGAGGGAUGGCCGUGGACAUCCUCUCAGGCAGCCUGGCUCUGGGGCCCAUCCAUGAGUUCCACUCUGAUGAGUUCAGUGAAACAGAAAAGGAGGUGACCAAAGGAGGGUACAGUCCCCAAGAAGGAGGGGACCCCCCAACACCUGAGCCUUUGAAGGUGACUUUUAAACCCCAGGUGAGGGUAGAGGAUGACGAGUCACUCCUGUUGGAGUUAAAGCAGUCCUCAUAGAGGAUUUAAGUCUUAGCAUCCACCAUCCAGUAGGAAUCGUGUGGUUGUAGUUUGAAUGGUGUGGUAUUCAUAUUCAUUUAUAUUCAUCCGCAGUGGAAAGGCAGAUGGUAGAAAAGCUUCAUUUCUUACCUUUAAAAUCCUAAAGAUGCUGGAAAUAUUAUAUACAAUUUUUGUACAAUUUCCUUGGGAAUUCUAUUCCCCUGAGAAUAUAUGACUCUGACAGCACCCCAUCCCCACCCCCCCACCCCCUUAUGUCAUGUUUUUUCGUGGCAGCUCUUGGCCAAUGAGAAAAUAGUAGCACGGCUCUGGUCAGUUAGAUAAUAUGCCAUUCGUAACACAGAAACAACCAAUCUGUGCCUGUUGUUCACCAGCAAACUCUAGAUCUGGGUCAGGAUUGACACAUCCAGUCAAUAAGGGGAGUAGCUGAUGAGUAUACAUCGUGUGAUCCAGAUGUUCACAUCUGGAGAUCAUUAGUGAGUCAGUAGCCUCAUGAAGGUUAUGAAGUUCUUGUGUGAGGGAAAGAAAAUAGACAUCUGGGGCUUGAACAUUUAGCUGUGGCCACAUAACUUUAUUACUAGUGAGAUACUUGGCUGGCCGCCACAUAUUCUCAGUGGUACUUCUUGGAGGACUUGAGGUCUGAGGGGAUGUCACCGAGUGUGUGACAACGAGACGCACAACCAGUGGAGAAGCCCACAAACCACACCGGCCUCCCCUCACCCAGAAUCGAACACUUACAUCCGUGAAGAAGCCCUCGGCACUGGCUCCGAGGCCAGAGCUGAGCGGAAACGGGUGGUUCACAAGUCUUCACGGAAUGAAGAGUGAAAAAUGAAUGCUUGCAUGGGUGCCUUCUCGUUAAAGGCUGAGGCCAUACCUUGGCCCUUCAGCUGCGUCCUAACAUAUUCCUCGGAAAUCCGCCUCUAAUUGCCUUUAGAUUUGGAUGUGGGGUGGACGAGUGCAGGCGCUGUUUGUACAGCACAAGGUAGAAGUCUGGGGCUCAGGUGUCAAGCGGCUUUUCUGGGGUCUGGCCUGAUGUGCUGGGCAUGGGAAUGACUUCCAGCAUGCCUGUUUUCCAGAGUAAGCCCUUUAGGGCUAAGAACAGCGCCCCUAAGCUUCUGUUACAGCCACCUUGGAAGGCAUCCAAUUCCUCUUAGCUCUUAGAUUUACUUCUGGGUGGUCAAGAAGUAGAAAUUGCUGCUGAAGGAAAGCCAUAUCGAUUCUACGCUUCCAGCACACUGAAGUCUUCAGGUCAUUUUCUUGAUAUGGAAAAAUGGUAGGAUUUUUGAUAAUAUUUUUUACUCACAUUUAAUAUAAUUUGGAAUAUUCAUGUAGUACUUUUGAUAAUUUUUUUUUACUCACAUUUAAUUUAAUUUGGAAUAUUCAUGUAGUACUUAAGUAUAUGCAGGCAUGGCAGUGCAUGUCUACUGCCCCAGAACUGAGAAGGUUGAAACAGGUCACAAGUGGAGUGAGCCUGGAUUCUCUUUAUAAAUACAGAUCAGUAUAGUUUUCCUUUUCUCAUGGCCUGAAUACAUAUUCUUCUUGCUGCCUCCUCUUCCUCAUCCUCUUCUUCCUCCUCCU